AUGGCCGACAUUCAAGACGACGUUUCUGUCUUGUCACAAAGUUUGACUCUUCCAUGUGGAAUCACCAUCAAGAACCGCAUCGCGAAGGCUCCUUUGACUGAUUUCAUUGCUGAUGCACGCGACAAUCUGCCAAAUGAGCGAGUCUUUACAGUUUAUUCACGAUGGGCUCGUUCUGGGUGUGGACUGAUUGUUACCGGAAACGUCAUGGUAGACAAGGCUCAUCUAGAGGCACGCAGGAAUGUGUCUUUGGUUGCUGGUCAAGAGAGUCGCUUGGACUUGUACAUUCGUUUUGCAAAAGCUUGCAAGGAAAGCGGAUGUACAGCUAUCAUGCAGCUAAAUCACGGAGGCCUGGAGACUCCGUAUGCUGUGAAUAAGACACCCAAAGUGGCAGUCAGUGUGUCUUCCAUUUCCAAACACAUGUUUGGUACUCAUCCGGUGGCAAUGAGUCUAGCAGAAGUACAUCAAGUUCGUCAUGCAUUUCUUUUUGCUUCCAAAGUCGCUGAAAAGUCUGGAUUCGACGGAGUACAAAUUCACUCCGCAGAUCUUUUCCUGUUGGGCGAGUUCUUAAAUCCACCAAAUGCCCGUCACGAUGAAUAUGGAGGAGCAUUGGAUAAUCGAAUGAGGCUGCUGCGAGAAAUUCUUCAUGGUAUACGAUUGAACUGUCCGAAACUUGCCAUUAGCGUCAAGAUCAACUCGACAGACUAUCAGCGUAUCAAUGCACCUGACGAGGACAUCCUUUCCAUUUUGAAGAUGUUGGAGUCACGGAUUGACUUGCUCGAGGUUUCUGGUGGAUCGUAUGAAUCUGAGGCUUCUGUUGAAAAGGGACAUCGAGAAUCUACUGUGAAACGAGAACGAUACUUUUUGGACUUUAUCAAGCUGGUGCGCCAACAUGUCAAGAUCCCUCUUAUGGUCACUGGUGGGUUUCGUACUAGGAGUGUUAUGGCGUCAGUUGUACGUUCCGGCCUAACAGACCUUGUUGGCAUUGGAAGGCCCUUCUGUCUAUAUCCGGAGCUGCCACAAAUACUGCUAGCACGAAACGCGAUUUGUGAUUAUACUGUGCCUGAUUCCAAACACGAUUGGAAUAAGAUGCCAUCUAUAGAAAGCUUUUGGUACUCUGGCCAGAUACAGAGAAUGGCUGAUGGACUUAAUCCUGACGAAGACUUGAGCACCAGCUUUUAUGCAUUGGUGUGGACGCCACUUCAUUAUAUCUGUGAGCCGUCAACCACGUUUCCUACUAGCGUGAUAUGGAAUGUGGUAUGGCCAAUAACUCCAGAAGAUACCUGGUUGCACAACCAGCUAUAUCUGGGACUCGGUGCUGUGGUCUUGUAUGUAACAUAUAGACAUCUGAGUCGACCAUGA